GGAAGCCUCCGUCAACCUGGAUUCUGCCGCUACAACGGCCCUGUCGCCUUUCUUUUCUUACUUGCGAGCUGCCUCUGCUCCCCUUCUCCUCUUCCCUUUCUCACCACCAAAACCAGGCCAUCCUGUGGUUUUUAGUCUUUUGUCCAUCUUCAUUCCCCGUUUGGCCGCCUCUUUUAUUAUCUAGGCUUCAUUGUCCUCUCUGCGCUGCUGUCACGCUUGCGCGCCCCCCUCUCUCUCUCGCUCUUGUGCUGCUUGCUGUCUGCCCCAGUGCACUGCUGUUGCUGCUGGAGCUGCCACUGCCACUACUGGUGUUCUGUCACCGCUGCUGCUGCUGCUGCCCCAUCGCCUUGCGCGGGUUUUGGCGCCCCUGCCUGUUGCACCACACCACACCACACGCCCCCAAUACAAAGCAACCAACCUGCCCGCUGCCCGCAUUCACGCCGGCCGCCAUUCUUCCUUCAUCCACCAUCCAACCCGGUCGAGGAGAGCUUCCUCACACUUCUCCCUUGCUACCAUCCAAUAUACAGCACCGGAAUAUGAGCCUCGAAUAGCCCGGCGCUCUGCUCGCAUCUCUCCAAGUCUACCGCGCUCCUCAUCUCCACUCCCGAUCGAGCUGGCCUUUGCGCAUGCGCUCUCGGGAUCGUCUGCCUCUGCUUCGCCUACGCCUCGAUUUGUAGUAGGUUUGUGUGCUGAGGUUCCCUGUCGGCGCGCAAAACAAUUCGCCAUCGAGAUUCGAUCCUCCUCCGCCGUAUAAUCUCCGCCAGUGCUGUCGCCGAGACGCCUGCUGCUCAUGCUCCUCCUCCUCUCGCCUCCCGACUCCCGAUUCCAAUCACACCUCUAGACUUCACUCUACAUACAGCAGCUUAUACGUCUCUCCUCGCCUGUACCAUUCCCCUCUGUUCGCGUUAUAGAUUCGUCACAUCCGACUUUGUUUUUUGCAACCCUUUUAGAUCAUCGUGUAUCUUAGCCAGCAAAGGCGCCAUCUCUCUCGAGACUUCAUCGCCCACCUCAACCAUAUUCAACAACACACACACACACUACCCAACACAAGAAUCCGCCAUUUGUGCACCGCAAAUUGAUCCCCAGAGCACAGUCUACUGAACAUGAGUUUUGAUCCCGCAAAGAGAUCGCAACCGUCUAAAUCCGCUUCGGGCUCCUUGCUCGCGGUUGCCACAGGAAACCCAAACCUCCACCUCGAAAAACUAGGCAUCAGAACAUCAACCCCCGACUCCGAGGCGCUUGUCAGCUCUGACGACGAAGGAGAGCAUCGCCAAGAAGCCUCCUCUGCCGCCCCUCAGCCACCAAAGCCAGUUCGACGAUCUUCGUGGCUCAACGAUACCUCCAUCCAUCCCGUUCCACGACCUAGAAAGGGUUCAUUUGCGAGCAACUCCGUCUCCUCCCCAACCACAUCUCACCCAAGCACUCCCUCUGGAGAAAACGGCCCAGUGCACUGGAAUACAUCGUCCACCAUGAACCGCAACCAAGCCCCUGGUUUCUCCUGGGGAACCGGUAUCUGGAACAAUGAUCGCAGAGACGCUCCAGCAAGACUGGGCGAAGUGCUGCCCUCUCCAACCUCGCUUGUUCCCCCAGGCGGCGCUGGCAACUCCUUCUUCGGUUCUGAUGCAGCUGGUACCCAGACGUCGCCUUCUCGAGAAUCCGGAAACAAUGCCCAGAUCCCAUUUGCCAUUCCUCUCCAUCCGACACCCAAAACAUACCGAUCCCAGUCAUACUCUGUUGGCCAAAUGGAGGCCGAGCUUCCGCCACCAGGCGGCAUGACCUCGGCAGCCGUUCCAGGACGAGCCAGAUACCCUGCUCUACAGCAUCGCCCAUCUCGGCCCAGUAUGCUAAGCGAAAUGGCCAACGAAGGAUCCAUGUUGGGCAAGGUCAAGGAAGUCGAGGACGACGAAGACGAGGAAGAGAGCCCUUCUGGCUCUAUGCAUAAUUCCUUCCACCAGUCAGCAGAGUCCAAGACGAUUGAAAUGCUCACCCGAGAAAACGCCAUGUUGCGCCAACAGCAACAGCAGCUCAAUGCACGCAUACGACCCCGCGCUGCUACCGGUUCGUCCUUUGUUGGCAAUGGAUACCCUACGGUUCCGGAAGAGUCAGACUAUGCUGUUGAUGAGCUCGACGAGAAUCACGACGGCGCGGAUUACCUCGCUAGACGCGGAUCCCAGCGACGCAUGAGCGAAUACGGUGCGAGCCAUUAUCGAACGCCCCUGGGCAUGGACAAGACCAAAAUUGCGGACAAUCCAAAUCUGAAGAAGGCUCUCUGGUCUAGCUCUCCAGGACUCUUUGGAGGUGAUGCUUCGCAAAGUCGCCGACACUCGUUUGCCAACAUGCCCACUCGCCAGGGUUCCAUCAGUUCUGUUGCCGACUCUGUUGCCAAUCUUAAUAUAUCGGAGGAUUCGCAAUCGCCUCAGUCUUAUGGACCAGGAGGAUACCCAGAGGUUCCUAACCUGAGCGCAGCCAAUGCAGCAUACUUCAACCCUGGAAGCGUUGCCAGCAACCCCCAGCACCUUGCCAACACCCUCCCGCCAAACUACGGCGCACAGCCCCAGUUCACUAACCGCCCUGCCUCGCCUCAUCGCGGAGCAUAUGGUCUCACGCAACCCCGACCUAACCAGCUUCUCCAUGUCGUGCUAUUCAAGUGCGCCCGCGCUGACGUCUUUUACAUUCACGAAGGUACCGGACUCACCGUCAAGCCUGGAGACCUGGUCAUCGUCGAAGCGGACCGCGGUACCGAUCUGGGAACAGUUGCAAAGGACAACGUGGACUGGCAGACUGCAAAGGAUCUGAAGGAGCAUUACGCCGAGGAACAAUACAAAUGGCUCAUGAUGUACUCCCAAGGAGCUGCGGCUGCCCAAGACGGUCCUGGUAGCGGGCUCCUUGCUGCGGCAAGCCUUCCUGGAAGUGCCAUUGGCGGCAUGGGCCCAGCUAACCAGCAGCAUAUGCAGGAACCGGCCAACGGGGAGCUACGUCCGAAAAUGAUCAAGCGCCUGGCGCAGCAGCAUGAAAUUCAAGCGUUGCGUGACAAGGAAGGCCAAGAGGCCAAGGCAAAGCGCAUGUGCAUGCAAAAGGUCAAGGAACAUGGCUUGAACAUGGAGAUUCUUGAUGCCGAAUUCCAAAUGGACUGGAAGAAGCUCACCUUUUACUACUUUGCCGAUGCCUACAUCAAUUUCAACUCGCUUGUGACUGACCUCUUCAAAAUCUACAAGACGAGAAUCUGGAUGUCAGCCAUCAACCCGGCAUCAUUUGCCAGCCCAACGCUGGGCAUCCAGGCUCCGAGUGGUGUUGGCCCUGGUGCUGUUGGUGUUCGCGGCUCUGGCGGCGAACGUCGCCAGAAUGCCACCCCGCAAGAGCAUCAAGGAAACCCUGGGCCCGGAUUCGCUCCCAACAAUGGUGGCCGUGGCUAUCGUCAGGGCUUUCAGCAGCCCAUGUCAGCUGAGAGAAACGCUGUAUCCCCAGUAUCGGGACCACCCUUUCCUCCGUCCAACUAUGCCUUUGGCCCUGGAGCCGGAUAUGGCGGUCCAGGCCCCAGACACCAAGGGCCAUACGGUGCUAAUCCAUCGCCAACCGACCCAUACUCACCUCAAGGCUUCCAACACGGCGGUGACUUCCAUGCCAUGCGCCAGAGGUUCGGCCCAGGCCAAGCUGGCCCAGGCAAUCCUCACCCUCAUGCCCAACGACUCUCGCCCAUCUCCCCUCAGGGCGACUGGAAUCCGGCAUUCCAGGGGCUAUCCUUAAACACACACUGACUAUCAACAGGUCUGCCCAGCAAAGCUGACGGCAGACAUCACGACUCCAAUGUUAACGACGACGAAAAGAAAUAAAAAAAAUAAGAGAGAAACUUCGGCCCAAAGAGAGAAUAAGAUAGACACAGGGAUUCGGAAUGAAUUUGAUAAAGAUGGUAUUUUUUGAUUUUUCUUGUAAAGAUUCGGCACAACUUUUUGUUGUUAUUUCGGGCGGCACCUUUCGGCACUUUGCGAUGCAAUAUCUGUUGAGCGUUUGAUAAGAUCUGCUUUUUCUUUUUUUCCUUUUCUUCGCCAGGAGUUGUUCCCAGACUGCGGCUGCCUCGUGGGCAUGGCUUUUGAUUUAACUCAUUCUUCUGGCGCACAAACUGGCCUCGUUUUGCUGCUUUUUGUACCUUGCUAGACUACUGGUCGAUAGACUGGUUGGCGAGGGAUGCUGUUUUAUUCUUGAAGACUCUAAGAACGGAGCACAGUCACGACUUUGAUUUUGAGAAACCACUUUUGGUGUGUAUGGUUUGAUAGCCCAAUUUGCUUACAAGGAUAGAAUGAGAUUUGUUUGUCUGUUUGUUUUAUUUGCUAUCAAGUCUGGACACUUGUUUUUCGUCGCCCAUUGCUCAUACACGUAACGUAAUAUAACUAUUUGAUACAU